AUGGCUUCUAUCAUAAGGAGGCGAGUGCGUCGCUUGCGGGCCCCUAUCCUGAAAUUCGCGGGGCAGGCCGGGGAGCGUCUGCCGAUUGGACUGUUCGGAAAGGAUACAGUGCCACCCACUGUCAGCGGAGAGAAGUCUCCCUCUCCCCUGCUGGGCCGGGCCAUGCCUCGGGCCCACCCCCGGCCCCGGGCGGGGCUGCCCCGUCCCUGCCCCCGGGCGUCCCGCCGCGGUCUCGCCUUCGCCCGGCUCUGGCAGUGCUGGCGAUGGCGCUGCUGGGCGGGCAUCAGUGCCUGGGGCUGGGGCAGCAUUGCUGGCCUUUGGCUGCGCCUUUACCGAGCCCAGCCCAGGCCCCGGCACCAGCCCCAGCCCCGGCCCCGGCCCCGGCCCCGGCCCCGGCCCCGGCCCCGGCCCCAGCUCGUCCCUGGGCCCGCAGAGGACACAGGCGGCGCGGCCGCUCCCGCCACCUCCACUGUGGCUUCACCAGCCCAAGCUCCUCCGCUUGGCAGCGCGGCCGCUGGCCCUGAGCCGCUGCUGUCCCGUUGCCAGGAGCAAAUGCCUGGGGAUGCCCAGCCCGGGCCGCUCGAGGGGCGCUCGGGGGCCGUUCCUGGCCCCGGGCCGAGCGCUGACAGCCGCGUCUCGCCGGCAGGGAAGGCGCAGCAGGCCCUCCAGGAGCAGUACCGCCUGGGUUCGCUGCUGGGCCACGGCGGCUUCGGCAGCGUCUGGGCGGCCACACGGCUCUCGGACCGUGCCCCGGUGGCCAUCAAAAGGGUGCCACGGAACCGUGUCCGGCAUUGGGGUGAGCUGCCCAACGGCACCAGCGCACCACUGGAGAUCGUGCUGCUGCACAAGGUCUCCACUGGCUUCCCUGGUGUCGUCCAGCUGCUGGAGUGGCUGGAGCUCCCCAAAGACAUCAUUAUCAUCAUGGAGCGCCCGGAGCGUUCUCAGGACCUCCAGCAUUUCAUUCGGGCACGGCGGUUCCUGUGCGAGGAGGUGGCGCGGGAGCUGUUCCGCCAGGUGCUGGAGGCCGUGCGGCACUGCACCAGCUGCGGGGUCCUGCACCGCGACCUCAAGCCAGGGAACAUCCUGCUUGACCUGGCCACCGGGCAGGCCAAAUUGAUUGAUUUUGGCUGUGGCACCUUCCUACAAGACACAGCCUAUACUCACUUUGCAGGAACACCGUCAUACAGUCCCCCGGAAUGGAACCAGUUUGGCUGGUACUAUGGACAGCCAGCUACCGUCUGGUCCCUGGGCAUCCUGCUGCACCAGAUGGUGUGUGGGGAGCACCCUUUCAAGAGGGGCCACAAGAUCAGCUGGGACCAUCAGCUCUCGCUGCCACCACGGCUCUCUCAAGAGUGCCAAGAUGUCAUCCGGCGGUGUUUAUCCAUGCUGGAUGUGGACCGGCCUUCAGUAGAAGACCUGUUGUGUCAUCCCUGGAUGCAGGAUAGUCAUCUGCCAUAG